AUGGCGGAGCCACAGACCUGCCAUCGCUUCCUUCUGACGAAGUUGUUUUGCGUUGUCGUUUGGGGUUUCAUCGCCUUGUCGGGCAAAGGGUGUGCCUCACCCGAAGGCACUUCGCCCGAAGUUGGCGAGGACCCCAACUCAGGCGUCGAUAGCACACCACCUGCGUACACAACCGCAUCAACAACAUCAACGACGACUCCUGGUUUGAGCUUCGCAGGCAUUUCCUCAGCGAUCUCAUUCCGGGAAGGGGAGGUGGACAUUGCGUGGCUUCCUGCCGAGGUUUACCAACAAGGCAAUCAAGAUGGCAUCGAGUAUUUCCUCCUUUACGGUGAUGGCGAGCUCAACCUGUCAGAGUCUGAUGUGCAGGGCUUGGUUUCUCAGACUUCCGACAUCCUGAACGCUUCAGUCCUGUCCUUAGGGGACACACUGGAGGCUGUCCUUGGAGGCCUGAAGCCGAGAUCCGUGGUUUCGCUGCUGGUCUUAGCGAAGGGGCCCCAAGGCGAAGUGUCUGACAACAGGCGCGUGACAAAGGUCGCGAUCGCGGCAAAGAGCCCUGAGCUGGCAGAGAACGUUACCAUGUUGUCAAUCACAGCGAACAGCAGUUUGCAUAUCAAGGCGAUGCGCACUAACAUUUCCAUCAUCGCCACCGGCAUUGAGCCACCCCUUGUGGUCACAGGCAUGUGUUUGACAGGCACGGACAGCGAGGGCACCGCGUUCCUUGCCUUUGUAGAUGAUGUCUCAAGCUUGGGAAACACUCUCGUGGCGACGACACAUGAUGCUGCCCUCACGGAGGUUUUUCAAACCCUGCAGCUGGAUGCGACUAUGGAUUUUACAGGAGGCGACAGGGAUGCAGGUAGCCGGCGCUUGGCGGUGAAAGGUGGUGUGCAGGUCACAGAAAAGGUGCAGAUGGAGUUUGCUCAAAGCAUUGCUAUCGAUCCAUCUUUUGAGGUACAAUUUCCCGGGUGGCACUUUGCCGUGGAUAUAGACUGGACGGGUGUCAACUCGCUGGAAGUCACAGCCGGUCUUGCGUGGUCACUGGGGGUCGAUGUCAAGUACGCAGGUAUGAGCAAGAUCGGUUACAAGUUGUUGGGCCUUCCGAUUGCCAACAAAAGCUUCGGUCCAUGGUUCAUCUACCCGCCGGCCGUAUUUCUUCGCCUGGUGGCCAGCAUGGACUUCGAGGCUGACGUCUCAGUGUCCCAGGACCUCAAGAGCGACCUCAAUAUGCAAUAUCGGGGGCAUUUCUGGCAGACGCAGACCGUGCAUGUGAGCUUUCGGGAUGGCGAAUGGGACACCAGACACGAAGACUCAGGCUUGCAACAAAAACGUGAAUUUCUUGAAGAGGUCAAAGGUACGGUGGAGACCAGUGUGAAGGUAAGCUUCAGCCUCCUCGCGCAGCUCAGCGGCUUGGUGGGCUUCAAGUUUGCUCUAAGCCCAGGCAUGUCUUUGGGUAUGACCGUGGCCUACGACACGGAGAACCGCUUCCUCCGGGAGAAGGCGCCCCUGGAAGGCGCCCAUGUGGAAGCCCUCGGUGUGUCUUUGACCUUCGGGCUUGGGGUGACCCUGGAAUGCAGCGAUGCCGUUGCGUGGGUCUUAUCCAAGCUUUGUAGCUACAUCAAGGCCAUUGACCUCUACAAGUGGGAUGCGACUCCCGUUCCGGUCCUGAGCCUGCCUCAUCUCCAGCUUGUGCAGGAAGGUUGCUCAGCUCAAGCUGUACCUUCGCGGGCCCAGGAGAACGAGGAGUACCGGUGGUUGCUGGACUCUGAGGCCCUGCAGAUCGCGGGGACGGAGCAAGAAGCGGAGGUGGAUCUGGAGCUCAUGGGCAGUCUCGCCAACCUCGCUUUGGGAAGUUGGGGAAAGAUCUACGUCUUCUGGCAGCCUUUCCCUUUCGUGCAGAUCAUGGAAUCUGUUGAACUCACGGCCUGGGAGCUUGCCUGGUGCACCGCUACUACGACCAGCACCAGCACUGGCGGUAGCAGCGAUGAGGGUGGAACUCCUGCCAUCACCAGCCCGCUUCCCGGAGAAGCAGUCUGCGGCUACCAGGAGCUUACCUCCUGCCAGGUGCAGGUGGCUAUGUCGGUGAACUCACCAUAUAAGCUUUGUGAGACCGUCCAAGGGGCUCUGGGUUGUUACUGGACCUCCAACUGCUGUGAUGCCAAGUACGGGAUGAUUGAUGUGCCAGCUUACCUCGACACUCACAUCAGUGGCCUCAGUGUUCUAAACUGCGAUCUUGCCAACCCAUGCCGCCGAUGA